GAAGAAGCUGGCACAGCGUCUGCAGGAAGCUGAGGAACACGUUGAAGCUGUGAAUGCCAAAUGUGCUUCCCUGGAAAAGACAAAGCAGCGGCUGCAGAAUGAAGUGGAGGACCUGAUGAUAGAUGUGGAAAGAGCGAACGCUGCCUGCGCAGCUCUGGACAAGAAGCAGAGGAAUUUCGACAAGGUAAAAUGGGCUGAAACGCAGGCUGAGCUGGAAGCCUCCCAGAAGGAGGCUCGCUCUCUCAGCACGGAGCUGUUCAAGAUGAAGAAUGCCUACGAGGAGUCCUUGGACCACCUGGAAACCCUGAAGCGCGAGAACAAGAACUUGCAGCAGGAGAUUUCUGACCUCACGGAGCAGAUUGCAGAGAGUGGAAAGGCCAUUCAUGAGCUGGAGAAAGCGAAGAAGCAGGCUGAGCAGGAGAAAUCUGAAAUCCAAGCAGCUCUGGAGGAAGCUGAGGCCUCUCUAGAACAUGAGGAGGGGAAGAUCCUGCGCCUCCAGCUGGAGCUCAACCAGAUCAAAUCUGAGAUUGACCGGAAGAUAGCAGAAAAGGAUGAGGAAAUUGAACAGCUGAAGAGAAACCAUCUCCGAGUUGUGGAGUCCCUGCAGAGCAGCCUGGAUGCUGAGAUCAGGAGCAGGAAAGCCCUGAGGCUGAAGAAGAAGAUGGAGGGAGACCUCAAUGAAAUGGAGAUCCAGCUGAGCCAUGCCAACCGUGUGGCUGCAGAGGCCCAGAAGCACCUGAGAAACACACAGGCAGUGCUGAAGGAUACCCAGAUACACUUGGACGAUGCUGUCAGGACACAGGAGGACCUGAAGGAGCAGGUGGCCAUGGUGGAGCGCAGAGCAAACCUGUUGCAGGCUGAAGUUGAGGAGCUCCGAGCAGCCCUGGAGCAGACGGAGCGGUCAAGGAAAGUGGCUGAGCAGGAACUGAUGGAUGCGAGCGAGAGAGUUCAGCUUCUCCACACUCAGAAUACCAGCUUGAUCAACACCAAGAAGAAGCUGGAAACAGACAUUUCCCACAUUCAGAGUGAAAUGGAGGAGACAAUCCAGGAAGCCCGCAAUGCUGAAGAGAAGGCCAAGAAGGCCAUCACAGAUGAGUUGGCAGAAGAGCUGAAGAAGGAGCAGGACACAAGUGCCCACCUGGAGAGGAUGAAGAAGAACUUGGACCAGACAGUGAAGGAUCUGCAGCUGCGUCUGGAUGAGGCUGAGCAGCUGGCACUGAAAGGAGGCAAGAAGCAAAUCCAGAAGCUGGAGGCCAGGGUGCGUGAGCUGGAAGGGGAGGUUGAUUCUGAGCAGAAGCGCAGCGCUGAAGCCGUCAAGGGUGUGCGCAAAUACGAGAGGAGGGUGAAGGAGCUGACCUACCAGUCUGAGGAAGACCGGAAGAAUAUUCUCAGGCUCCAGGAUCUGGUGGACAAGCUGCAAAUGAAAGUGAAGUCCUACAAGAGACAAGCUGAGGAGGCUGAGGAGCUGUCCAAUGUCAACCUCUCCAAAUUCCGCAAGAUCCAGCACGAGCUGGAGGAAGCCGAGGAGCGGGCUGACAUUGCAGAGUCGCAGGUCAACAAGCUCCGAGUCAAGAGCCGCGAGUUUCACAGCAAGAAGAUAGCAGAAGAAGAGUGAGGAUACCGAGACACAGCAAUUUGACUUGGGUGGUCCACAAAAUGUGAACCUCUGCCAUUUUCUUCUGCUAUGGAUUUUGCAGCUGCUUCAGCGUCUAGAGAAUAAAGUCAGUAGAUUCCUUUGCAUA